AUGUCUGAGAACGUGGUUGGUCUCAACGUCCAGAAGGUUGUCGAACCUGACGCCGACCAGGGCGUUCACCCCGAGAAGACUCGAGAGAAAGUCGACCCGGAGGCCCAGACCAACUCCGUCGAGGCAACGAGCGUCGUCGACUAUGAGACCUAUCCACUCCCGACCGAGGAGGAGCGCUCGACGCUGCGCAAGGUCCACGACUCCAUCCCUCUGACCGCAUGGUCUCUCUGUGUCGUUGAGAUGGCCGAGCGCGCCUCCUUCUAUGGUGUCAAGGCCGCCUUUAACAACUACCUCCAGUUCCCGCUCCCCGAGGGCGGACCCGGUACAGGUGCCAUCGACCCCAGCAAGCCCAACUCUCACGCUGGCGCUCUCGGUCUCGGUCUGCGUACUGCUUCGGCGCUUGGUCUCUUGUUCACCUUCCUGGCCUAUGUCAUCCCCAUCUUCGGCGCCUGGAUCGCAGAUGUCAAGAUCGGUAGAUACCAGGCUAUCGGAUGGGGUGUCUUCAUUGGUGGUGUAGCACACGUCAUCAUGGUUGGAGGCGCGGCUCCGGCCGUUUUGCAAGCCGGCAGGGGUGUCGCUCCCUUCCUCAUCAGUUACUUCCUGCUUGCAAUCGGUGCCGGUAUCUUCAAGCCCAACGUGGCUCCAACGGUCAUUGACCAAUACAAGCACCAGAAGGAGUACACCAAGGUUCUCAAGACUGGUGAAAAGGUCAUCGUCGAUCCCGAGACGACCAUCAGCCACAUUAUGCUUAUCUUCUACGCCUUCAUCAACGUCGGCGCAUUCUUCUCGAUCGCUGUCGUCUACAUCGAGAAGUACCACAGCUUCUGGUUGGCUUACCUCAUCCCGGGAAUCGUCUACUUCCUGCUUCCGGUCUUGUUGGCUGCUACGUAUAAGCGCACUGUCAGGCUCCCGCCCCAGGGUUCAGACCUGAACCGCUUUGUCAAGAUCACUGUCGCCGCGCUGAAGGCUAGCAAGGGCAACAUUUUGGCCAAGAACUUCUGGCACAAAGUCCAGCCCAGCACCAUCUACUCUGAGACCAGCCUCCGCGUCAGCUACUCCGAGAAGGACGUCGACGAUGCGAGACGUACCUGGGAAGCUGUUCAGAUCUUCCUCUACAUCCCUAUUUGGUACCUGAACGAUGGUGGUGUUGGCAACGUCCAGAGCAACCAGGGAGCUGCCAUGACCUCUGAUGGUGCGCCAAACGAUCUGCUUAGCCACUUCAACCCCUUGGUCAUUAUCGUCUUCUCGCCUUUCAUGGCGCAGGUUGUCUACCCCUUCCUCAAGCGCAAGGGUAUCAAGUAUGGACGCAUCAGCCGCAUGACGACUGGCUUCAUCCUCGCUACCAUUUCGUCCGUCAUCGGUGCCAUUGUUCAAUGGAAGGUGUACGAGACCAGCCCUUGCGGCUACUACGCCAGCGACUGCGAUGGCGUCUCGCCCAUUUCUAUCUGGUGGCAGAUUCCCAACGUCGCCCUGGGUGCCAUGUCUGAGAUCUUCGUCAACGUCACCGCGUACGAGCUGGCCUACGCCCGUGCUCCCGAGCACAUGCGUUCGACGGUCGUCGCCCUCUUCCUCUUCAUGACGGCGCUGAGCAGUGCUCUGGGCCAGAUCUUGCUUCCAUCGAUCGCUGACCCGACUUUGGUGUGGGCUUGGGCUGCUCCCGGAAUCGCUCUGGCCGUGCAGACUGUCGUAUUUUGGUUUAGACACCGUCACAUGAACGACGAGGUCUUCAUGACGUACAAGGAGGACUACCAGAGCGCCAGCUCGAUUGAGAAGAAGAGCCUCGACAAGGAGGAGAAGUGA